UCUUUACCCAGAUUUAAGCUGGAAGAAAAUUAUGAUCUGAAACCCAUUCUGAGCAGCAUGGGAAUGCCUGAUGCAUUUGACGUGGGGAAGGCAGACUUCUCGGGAAUGUCAUCUGGCAAUGAGCUGGUGCUCUCCGAAGUGGUUCACAAGUCCUUUGUGGAAGUCAAUGAAGAAGGCACUGAAGCAGCUGCUGCCACAGCUGCAAUAAUGAUGAUGCGCUGUGCAAUGAUCGUUCCGGAUUUCACUGCUGAUCAUCCCUUCCUCUUCUUCAUCCGGCACAACAAAUCUUCCAGCAUUUUGUUCUGUGGCAGGUUUUGCUCUCCCUAAAGAGGAGAUGUCUUGGCAGGAUAGGGGCCCUUACACAAUAAAGAUUUCUCUAGAAUAGGGUGACCCCUUUUGCACUAAUUGCCUCUUGGAGCUGAGCCUGGACCCUCUUCUGUGGUCUUGAUCUGGGGCUUGGCAAGAAUAACAGAGCUGCUUAGAGCUCCACAGCAAGUGCCAUGUAAAACCCCUCUCUCCCUGUGCACCUGUGUGCAGAGGUUCUUGCUGACAGAAGUAACACCCACUUGCUCAGUGAAGGCUUCUCCUUUCCUUGACUUGACUUUUAGCAUCCAUGAGGCAGAGUCAGGCACUGACAGCCCAUGGGAGAGCAGAAGUUACUUUUGCUUCUGGCAAGGCUGGAACAUGUUUUUAGCUGCACUCCCCUUUCUUCUUCCAGGCUCAUCCAUUCAGUGCCUUGAUCCAUUCCCUAGAGCUGAAAGGAGUCUUUGGCAGCCUGUUCCAGGUGUUGCUGAGCACCCUGCCUAGAUGGUUUUUUGUCUAAUAACUGGACAAGGACUUAAGCAGGAAUGGGAAUGAAAGUAUGUUUUUGUACCAGAUGUCCUUAGGGGGUGAGAACCUUUGUUUCAUCACCACAGGACUCCUGGGUUUAUUACCUGCCUCCUGGUUCUAGUCCUUUAACAAAGAAUGUAACAAAAGAGCAUACGGUGCCUAUGCAAUAUUUGAAUGACAAAGCUUGAACGUUUUUGCUAUCAUUAUGUAUUUAUCCUAUUCAGAGUUUCUUAAACAUCGUAGCUGAACCGUAUAAUGCCAAAGACACAGCUGAAACACCUUUCUUAACACAGGGAUGUGUUUGUGUUUUGCAGUUCCUGUUCCUGAAAUAAUAAAAAAACCACGAGCGCUGUGGGA